UGAUGGUUUUUUAGGGAAUAAAAAUUUUAAGAAAUCGGCAAUAUAAAAUACGAGUUCGAAAGUUCUAAACAUCAUUCUCUCAGUCUGUCUUAGGUGUGAAUACCCCAUUCUUCUAGACGCAGCCAUGAAGUAUUACAUUAUCCUCGCUGUCACAGUCGCUGUCAUUCAAGCAGCUACGAAUGUUCCAUCCUCAAACUUCAGAAAUCACUAUCCUACUCAAUAUCAGGGUGACGUCAGUGGUGCCAGACGCGAAUCAUUAAGAAACCGUGAUUUUCAAGAGCUCUAUGGUGGACAAAGGGACGGCCGAAUUUUGAGUGACUUAGCCGAUAGAGAUUCGUAUCGAAGAGGAUACCAACAGAAUUUUCCCGAGGUCAGUCAAAGAUACGGAUACAAUUCUCAAGGAUCUAGAUACAACAGUCCUCAAACCUCCUAUCAAGGAUCUAGAUACAACAGUCCUCAAGGUUAUCAAGGUUCAAGAUUCAGCGGUCCUCAAUCCUAUCAAGGUUCAAGAUUCGACAAUCCUCAAGCCUAUCAGGGUUCCAGAUACAGCAGUCCUCAGGUCAUUUUCACUUCACCUUUGGCUGGAACCAGAAGCUUCAACGCUCCCCUCCACUCAGCUGGAAACCAACUUAACGAAAACAGAUUCUACUAAGCUUUGUUCAUUUAGUUUGUUAAAAGGAAAAUAGUUUUUUAAAUGAAUAUAUAACUGCAAAAAAAUUAAAAAUUUAAAUAUUUAAAUAAACGCUAA